AUGACCUGUCUUCUGGACCUUUCGCACGAGCUUCUCCAGGGCAUCUUGGGCGAAGUCGACGGACAAGACCUUGCGGCAUUAAGUGCGACAUGUCAUGCCUUCAACUCGUUUGUGAAUGGCAACAAAAUUCUCUGCAAGAGUGUGUACUUGCGUUCAUGGGUCAGCAGAUACAAUACAGCUGUGGUUUUGCACAGCACUGAUGUAGUAGAUAGNGAUCAUCCGGCGGAAGCUGAGCCCUGUUGGGAGUCAUCAGUACGCACUUCGGUCGCCUUGAAGAAGCUACUUGAGAGCGACAACCUCGANAAGAAAGGUAUUCCUGAUCGAGAAGAUGAGCUCUUCAUUCUGGAAGCUGACGUACAGCAGCGUGAAGCUUUCGCAUGGGCGGCUCCUUUGAUCGCACCACUCUUGACCGUCAAGAACAGCACCAAGAACACGCAAUUCCUCGCGGACCUCUUCAAGUCACAGAAGAAUAUCGAUGCCUUCCUCGCCUCAUCAUCCCUUUUCGAACAUGCCGGAAAUUUGACACAGCAACCAGCAGACACACCAGAGUUACGCCAGCUCGCCGCCAAACUUCACUGCCUGUACGGUGUUCCAAUCGAUUGUCAGAUACCGCCAAUGCUUGUCCAGGACGAUAGCGACGACAACUCACCAUCACCAUCAUAUUCAGUCCUUUGGCACCCAGAUUCGGCCGAAGAAAGCGUUCAGACCCCGACAAACAACUAUGCUCGCGCUGUAGUCUAUGAUCUCCGACGAUACACAGAAGAGAGUCUGUGGGGCCCGUUCAAGAGCGAUGGAAGCCAGGACGUUGAUUGGGAGAAAGUCGAAUCUAUAAUGGUCGUCUUGGGCUACAACAUGCGUCUCUUCAAUCGACGAGCACCACACGUUUUCGAACCCGUGUGGGAGAAGCCAUUCAAUGGAGCCUCUCCCCACUCAUACAUAUCCGCUCAUCCAACAGCCCUCGUUCGAGAAUUGAGUCCACCCGGAGAUCUGGAAAACCUCGACCCUUACGGCAUUACUGGAGAAUGGAUGCGUGUGGUCUGUUUCCUAGAUUACCACGACUUGUUCGCCUUCAACUUCUUACACAGUGUACCCGCCGAUCAACCACGAGACCCCAUCAACACCCGCGAAGCAAUCAGAAUCAUCCGCCUCAAACUUCGAGUCUCCGCAAUAGAACCACCAGGCCCAGAGGACGGUCAAGAUUACCCCGUGGUUUCCUUUACGGGUACAAGUUGGAGUUUACAUGCAAGUUGGGAUGCAAACGCCAAUUCACAAAUCAGAGGUGAGUCCGAAGUCAUGCCGUACCAGCCUCAUCUUUAA